GUUUUUGAAUAUAUGAAAGAAAAUUUAUACCAAUUGAUAAAAGACAGGGAAAAGCCAUUCGCUGAGCCUAUUAUUAGGAAUAUUCUGUUCCAAAUAUUACAGGGCCUGUCGUUUAUGCACAAACACGGCUUCUUUCAUAGAGAUAUAAAACCAGAAAAUCUUUUAUGUAUGGGUCCGGAGCUGAUCAAAAUAGCCGACUUUGGUCUGGCCCGUGAAAUACGGUCUCGACCCCCAUAUACUGACUAUGUGUCUACCCGUUGGUAUCGGGCCCCAGAAGUGCUCCUUCGCUCAACAAAUUAUAGCUCUCCCAUCGAUAUGUGGGCCGUGGGUUGCAUUAUGGCUGAGUUGUAUACAUUGCAACCCCUCUUCCCCGGCAGGAGUGAAAUCGAUCAGAUAUUUCGCUGCAGUUCUGUAUUGGGAACACCCGAUCGGGUAAUCAUUUUUUNUUAUAGCUCUCCCAUCGAUAUGUGGGCCGUGGGUUGCAUUAUGGCUGAGUUGUAUACAUUGCAACCCCUCUUCCCCGGCAGGAGUGAAAUCGAUCAGAUAUUUCGCUGCAGUUCUGUAUUGGGAACACCCGAUCGGCGCGAUUGGCCCGAAGGCUAUCAAUUGGCAAAUGCCAUGAAUUUCCGAUUCCCUCAGUUCAGUACAAUGCCAUUGGACUCAAUCGUAACCAACAGUCACGCCGAUGGGAUCGCCCUCUUAGAAGAUAUGCUCCGUUGGAACCCAUCUCGUCGUCCCAAUGCUGUCCAGUCUUUGAAGUAUAACUAUUUCAAAGUAAACCAAAAACUGGGUCCACAACACAUCAACAAUUUGAUCACAAAGUCUACAUUUAACCAAAAUAACAGUUCAAAUAAUAGUUUUGUAGAUAAAAAUCUUUCAAAUGUCAACCAAAUUGAGAGCAAUUUGAAUGGAAAGCUCAUCAAAUAUGAAUUAAACGAAUCUCCAAAUGUAGACAAUAAUAGUAUUCAACAAUUGCAACAACAGAUCGGAUCGCAUGCAUCCCGAAACAGUUCCAACAACUCUAUGCUUAAGUCCGGACUUUCCGUCAAAGAGCAGUAUUUGGCCCGAUCUCGGUAUGUGGCCGGACAGGCAGUCAACAAUGCUUCCUAUCGCAACUCAGGUUAA